AUGAAGCCCAACAGCGACGUGUACAUCGACGGCACCGGCGCGCGCGAAACCAUCUUUCAAGGACCCGUCGUCACUGGUACUUGCCUUCUCCAGUCACGAGCCCCCCUCUCCCUUUUCUCCCCCUCUCUCCCGUUCUCCCCCUCUCAUUUCCCCCUUACCACACACACCAUUUCUUCCUCUCUUGAUAUACAAUCUCUUAUAUCUCCUCCAUGCUUUCCGUCGCGCGUCCGUCUCGCUCACCCUCCCCGGCGCCUGACGCCCUCUCGCCCUUCGUUGUGCUUGUCGUUAUGUGCGCCGCUCAUGCGCGCAGGGAACAAGAAGGGAGCAGCAGCGCGGUCGUGGGGAUUCACGGAGACAGAGCUGCUGAGCGCGCAGGCCGGCGAGGGGGACGGCGAGAUUGACGGCAAGGAGAGAGACGGCAUUGUCACGCGGCGGCUGCUCAUUGGUGCUGGCCUCGCUGUGCUGGCACUUCCCGUCGCGCUGCCACAUUCCGUGCCACAUCCCGAGCCACAUUCCGAGUGGCCCCUCCCAGCAAGCCGCUGUUCUUGUAGGUGGUCGUUGGAGAUACUCACAAACCACUUGUCUCUCUGGCCCUCCCCCUCCCUCUCCCCUUCCCCCUCCCCUUCUCACCCCUCCUCCCUCUCCCCCUCCCCCUCCCCUUCCCACCCCCCCCUCCCCUUCCCAACCCCCUCUCCCCUUCCCAACCCCCUCUCCCCUUCCCAACCCCCUCUCCCCUUCCCAACCCCCUCUCCCCUUCCCACCCCCCCUCUCCCCUUCCCACCCCCCUCUCCCCUUCCCACCCCCCCUCUCCCCUUCCCACCCCCCCUCUCCCCUUCCCACCCCCCCUCUCCCCUUCCCACCCCCCUCUCCCCUUCCCACCCCCCUCUCCCCUUCCCACCCCCCCCUCCCCUUCCCACCCCCCCCUCCCCUUCCCACCCCCCCCGCCCCUUCCCACACCCCCUCUCCCCUUCCCACCCCCCCUCUCCCCUUCCCACCCCCCCUCUCCCCUUCCCAACCCCCUCUCCCCUUCCCAACCCCCUCUCCCCUUCCCACCCCCCCUCUCCCCUUCCCACCCCCCCUCUCCCCUUCCCACCCCCCCUCUCCCCUUCCCACCCCCCCCUCCCCUUCCCACCCCCCCCGCCCCUUCCCACACCCCCUCUCCCCUUCCCACCCCCCCUCUCCCCUUCCCACCCCCCCUCUCCCCUUCCCAACCCCCUCUCCCCUUCCCAACCCCCUCUCCCCUUCCCACCCCCCCUCUCCCCUUCCCAACCCCCUCUCUCCUUCCCACCCCCCCACCAGUACGACAUUCCACUCACAGUGGCGCCUCCCAGCAAGCCUCUCUUCUUCUAUGUCGUGCCACUUGUCCGCCUGCAAUUGGCUCUCCAGGCCAUCGUUUCACAAGCAGACUCGCUUGGUCAGUACUUGUUGCAGAGUAGGGAUGGGACCACUUAG